UGCGGCGCCUCCAAGUGGACGCAACUUCCACAGGACGGAGGAGGAGGAGGAGAGCCGGCGGAAGCGCCUCCUCGCGCGGCCCUCAAGUCGCCUCAGCCGGGCGGGGAGCAUGAAAGUUCCGCCUGGGCCUCAUCUCUGGCGAGGCUCUUCUUCCCGCCGCUUCCUGCUUCCCUUGCGCUGAGGGGCGUCCCGCUGAGAGGAAGGCGGCGAGGAUCCUUUGGGCCCUUCGUCGCCUCAGGAAGCCCUUUGCCUCCUUCCUUCCAUCUAGAGAGAGGCUCAGUUGUGGAGGGAAAAGUGAGAAGGGAGACAGCAACGAGCCUGUCGCCCCUCCUCAUAAACAAACCCUUCUCUUUCUUCAAUCUUGCAUUGCUGGAGUCCUCCCUUUAAACCUUUUAUAUUUUUGGCAACUCAAGAUGACUUAGUGUUCUCCUUGCUGGCCUUUUGUCCUUUGGGAGUUUUCUUUAUAUUCUGAUCGUCUUCACCUUUUUCUGCUGGGCGGAUUUUUCUUUUUUUCCUGGAGAACUUUCCUCAUUGCAGUUUGGAUACUCCUUCGGGUUCUCUCUAGGUAGACAUAAAUAAAGGACCCUCGCGUUCUCCAGCGUGGCAGAAAGUGGGAUUCUGGCCACUACGCCAAAGAUGGAGCAUGGCAAAAUGGAUUACUUUUGCGAUCAGGUACAACAGAAAGAUGUGAGCCGCAGGAUCGAGAUCGGCAAGGAGUUUCUGAAGUAUUUGAGCGAGCCCAGCGUUUCUACAGAUCUGGAGCAGGAUCAGCAACGCCUUGACAAAGUGAUUGAUGAAUUAACAGGAUGGGUGAAUUCCAGCAAUUAUAAGGUAUCAUUGCUUGGAAUCGAACUUCUAGGUGCCUUUGUGGACAGGCUGUUGGGACGCUUCAAAUCUUACUUAGCAACUGUUGUUAUAGUGUUGGUAGAUCGAAUGGGAGAUGCCAAAGACCAGGUUCGAGAACAAGCACAGAAUCUUGCGCUGAAGUUAAUGGAUAAAGCGGCUCAACCAAUGUUUGUUUGGGAACAUCUUAGUGCUGGCUUUAAACACAGAAACUAUCGUUCACGUGAAGGAGUGUGUCUGUGUCUUCUUGCAACAUUAAAUUACUGUGGUGCACAAUCAUUAAUUCUCAGCAAACUGGUACCACACUUAUGCAUAUUGUUUGGAGACUCCAAUAGCCAGGUGAGAGAUGCUGCAAUAUUGGCAAUUGUGGAGAUUUAUAAACACGUAGGAGAAAAAGUAAGAGCUGACCUUAACAAAAGGGGUCUUCCCUCUGCAAGGUUACAAACAAUAUUUAUGAAAUUUGAUGAAGUGAGAAAUUGUGGCGACAUGAUUUCAAGCAACUUCAGUGAUAAAAGCUUUGAUGAUGAGGAAUCAGUGGAUGGAAAUAGGCCAUCUUCAGCUGCCUCAGCUUUCAAGGUUCCUGCACCUAAAAAACCUGGAAAUCCAUCAAAUGCAUCAAGAAAACCAGGUUCUGCUGGUGGGCCUAAGGUUGGAGGUCCCACAAAGGAAGGAGGUGCUGGAGCUGUUGAUGAAGAUGAUUUCAUAAAAGCCUUUACAGAUGUUCCUACUGUGCAGAUCUAUUCAGCCCGUGAACUUGAGGAAACAUUAAAUAAAAUCAGGGAAAUCCUGUCAGAUGAUAAACAUGACUGGGAUCAACGAGCCAAUGCACUCAAGAAGGUCCGGUCAUUACUUGUUGCUGGGGCUGCACAAUAUGAUUGCUUUUUCCAGCAUUUACGACUCUUGGAUGGAGCAUUUAAAUUAUCAGCAAAGGAUCUCAGAUCACAGGUGGUUCGAGAAGCAUGCAUUACAGUAGCCCAUCUUUCAACAGUUCUAGGAAACAAAUUUGAUCAUGGCGCAGAAGCCAUUGUGCCUACUCUGUUUAAUCUGGUUCCUAAUACCGCCAAAGUUAUGGCUACUUCUGGGUGUGCAGCCAUUAGAUUUAUUAUUCGUCAUACCCAUGUGCCCCGACUCAUACCUUUAAUAACCAGCAACUGUACCUCAAAAUCUGUUGCAGUCAGGAGGCGCUCAUUUGAAUUUCUAAACUUGUUGUUGCAAGAGUGGCAAACUCACUCCUUAGAAAGGCAUGCAGCUGUCCUUGUUGAAACUAUUAAAAAGGGUGUUCAUGAUGCUGAUGCUGAAGCACGAGUGGAGGCAAGAAAGACAUAUUUAGGUCUAAGAAACCAUUUCCCAGGUGAAGCAGAGGUACUUUAUAAUAGUCUUGAACCCUCCUAUCAAAGAAGUCUCCAGACGUACUUAAAGAAUUCUGGUAGCAUUGCAUCUCUUCCACAGUCAGACAGAUCGUCCUCCAGUUCACAGGAAAGCCUCAAUCGCCCUUUCUCAUCAAAAUGGUCUACGUCCAGUUCCAGUAUGGCUGGCAGAGUUCCAGGAAGUACCAAGACUGCCCCAAGCCCAGGAACACUACAGAGGUCUCGCAGUGACAUCGAUGUCAAUGCUGCUGCUGGUGCAAAAGCACGGCAUGCAAUUGGCCAGCCGGGAGGAGCUGGCCGCUUUGCUGCAGCUGGUCUUCCUCCAGGAUCAUAUGCUUCACUAGAGGAUACUUCUGACAAGAUGGAUGGAACAGCUUCUGAAGAUGGACGUGUAAGAACCAAGCUUUCAACACCCUCUAUUGGUCUGGGAAACUCAAAGACAGAUUCCAGAGGCCGCAGUCGAACAAAAGUUGUGUCUCAGUCUCAGCGUUCAUCAUCGCCAGACAAAAAUGAAGGAUCACAGUCUGCUAAUCCACAGUCUGGUGCUGGCAGCCGUUCUGGUUCUCCUGGAAGAGUCUUGACCACAACUACCCUCUCCACUUUGAACACUGGGGUUCAGAGAGUGCUAGUCAGUCCUGCAACUGCACAGAAGCGGAGCAAGAUUCCUCGUAGCCAAGGAUGCAGCAGAGAAGCCAGUCCUUCCAGAUUGUCAGUUGCGCGAGGUAGUCGUAUUCCUCGACCUAGUGUGAGUCAGGGAUGCAGUCGGGAAGCCAGCCGUGAAAGUAGCAGGGAUACAAGCCCUGUCCGUUCUUUUGCACCCCUUGCUUCCAGGCAUCACUCCAGAUCUACUGGUGCUCUCUACUCUCCAGAUGUUUACGGGGCCACAGGUACUGGUUUUGGAAUAAGUCAGUCAAGCCGAUUGUCUUCGUCUGUUAGUGCCAUGCGGGUUUUGAAUACGGGCUCAGAUGUGGAAGAAGCAGUGGCAGAUGCUUUGCUGUUAGGAGACAUGCGGACUAAGAAAAAACCAGUGCGAAGGAGAUAUGAAUCCUAUGGCAUGUAUUCCGAUGAUGAUGCCAACAGUGAUGCUUCUAGUGCCUGCUCAGAAAGGUCAUAUAGUUCUCGGAAUGGCACCAUACCCACUUAUAUGCGACAAACCGAAGAUGUGGCAGAAGUUCUCAAUCGCUGUGCAAGCUCCAACUGGUCAGAAAGAAAAGAAGGCCUUCUGGGGCUACAAAAUUUAUUAAAAAACCAGAGAACUUUAAGCCGAGUCGAAUUAAAGAGAUUGUGUGAAAUCUUCACAAGAAUGUUUGCUGAUCCUCAUAGUAAGGUGUUCAGCAUGUUUUUAGAAACUUUGGUAGACUUCAUCCAAGUCCAUAAAGAAGAUCUACAGGAUUGGCUAUUUGUGUUACUGACACAGCUAUUGAAAAAAAUGGGCGCUGACUUGUUGGGGUCUGUGCAAGCAAAAGUCCAAAAGGCACUUGAUGUAACAAGGGAAUCUUUUCCAAAUGAUCUCCAGUUUAGUAUUUUAAUGAGGUUUACAGUUGACCAGACCCAGACACCUAGCUUAAAGACAGUCAAGCCAGCACUGCAGGACCAGCUUCGCUCUUUUUGGAGCUCCAAGGUAAAAGUUGGCAUUCUUAAAUACAUAGAGACUCUUGCACAGCAGAUGGACCCAGGAGAUUUUGUAAAUUCAAGUGAAACCCGUCUGGCAGUCUCUCGAAUUAUCACUUGGACAACAGAACCUAAAAGUUCCGAUGUUAGGAAGGCUGCACAGUCAGUGCUGAUUUCUCUUUUUGAACUAAAUACCCCAGAGUUUACAAUGUUGCUGGGUGCUUUACCAAAAACUUUUCAGGAUGGUGCCACAAAGCUGCUUCACAGUCACCUCCGGAAUACAGGAAAUGGUGGCCAGAGUUCAAUGGGAAGCCCUUUAACAAGGCCUGUUCCACGCUCACCAGCCAGUUGGUCUAGUCCUAUCACUUCCCCAACUAAUACAUCCCAAAAUACUUUGUCACCAAGUGCAUUUGAUUAUGACACAGAAAACAUGAAUUCAGAAGAAAUUUAUAGUUCUCUCCGCGGAGUAACUGAAGCAAUUCAGAACUUUAGCUUCCGUAGUCAGGAAGAUAUGAAUGAGCCAAUAAAACGAGAUUCCAAAAAGGAGGAUGUCGAUUCAAUUUGCAGUGGGUCUGGAAUAGUGGAUCUGCGAGUAGGAGGUGGGUCCGCUGAUACAGGCCGAACAGCUCUUGACAACAAAACCUCAUUACUUAACACAAUGCCUCCUCAUUCUUCCCCACGGUCACGUGAAUAUAAUCCAUACAAUUACUCAGAUAGUGUUGGUUCUUUUAAUAAAUCAGCUUUGAAAGAGGCCAUGUUUGAUGAUGAUGCAGAACAGUUUCCUGAAGAACCUCCCCUGGAUCAUUCCGACCUGGUUGCAGAAUUGCUGAAGGAAUUAUCAAACCAUAAUGAGAGAGUUGAAGAAAGAAAAGCUGCCCUGUACGAACUAAUGAAACUGACUCAAGAAGAGUCAUUUGGUGUUUGGGAUGAACACUUCAAAACAAUUCUCCUCCUCUUACUUGAAACCCUUGGGGACAAAGAGCAUGCAAUUAGAGCACUGGCAUUGAAAGUCUUAAGAGAGAUUUUAAGGCAUCAACCAGCAAGAUUUAGAAACUAUGCAGAGCUCACGAUCAUGAAGACUCUAGAAGCUCACAAGGAUCCUCACAAGGAGGUGGUCAGAUCAGCUGAGGAAGCUGCUACAAUGCUUGCCACAUCCAUUAGUCCAGAUCAGUGCAUCAAAGUACUUUGUCCCAUUAUUCAAACAGCUGAUUACCCUAUAAAUCUGGCUGCAAUCAAAAUGCAGACUAAAGUGAUAGAGAGAGUAUCUAAAGAAACACUUGCUCAGCUCUUGCCAGAAAUAGUACCAGGUCUAAUACAGGGCUAUGAUAACUCGGAGAGCAGCGUUCGGAAGGCUUGCGUCUUCUGUCUUGUAGCCAUUCAUGCAGUCAUUGGGGAUGAGCUAAAACCACAUCUCAGCCAACUCACUGGCAGUAAAAUGAAGUUGUUGAAUCUCUACAUCAAACGUGCUCAAACAGGCUCUGGAGCAGGUGAUGCAUCAGCAGAUGUUCCUGGACAAAGCUAGUGAUGCUUCUGCCCGCAUAAUAGGUCAUAAGAAGAAAACUCACAUCAGAAAUGGAAAAGUCUCAAACACACAUUUUGGAACUCUUCAUUUUUGUUGGGGUGGGGUUUUUUUUUCCUGUUUCGGUUUUUCCCCCCUUAAUGGAGGGCUACUCUCAGCCUGCAUGUGACUGUUGCAGUUAUUACAUAUCCAAAGGAGAAAACAGUAUUAAUAUUCCUUGAUUGAAAGAGAUACAUUUUUAAACUCGAAUCCAUCCUGUUUUCUGUUCAAACUACUCUGUGUAUCCCAUUGAUUUUGAUCAGUGUUACUGUACAUUUUUCUUUUUUUAAAAAAAAAACUAAUUAAACGGGAAUGUUUUAAGCUUUAAAAGCUAAAAUCUAAA